AAACUAACAAGAAUUCCUACUGAUAUUCGUCUAUAAGAACUCCUCGGACGAUUUAUUUGCAAUUCAACCAGGGAUUCCACAUAAGUUUAUACAGGUCUCAUGAAGUUGCAUGCAUCAUGAAUUUAGACGCUGACGAUGACGAUGUUCCCCAACUCCUGGCCUCCAACCCCAAGGAUGAGGUCGAGCAAGCUCUGGAUGGCCAGAUUGAAGAUUUGAAUCUGGUUAAAGUCCCGAUCACAAUUGUUACUGGAUACCUGGGGUCCGGAAAGACUACCCUUCUCAACUACAUCCUUAACGAGCGCCACGGCAAGAAAAUCGCCGUCAUCCUAAACGAAUUCGGCGACUCCGCGGACAUCGAAAAAUCCCUCACCGUCUCCCACUCCGGCCAGCAGGUCGAAGAAUGGCUCGAACUCUCCAACGGCUGCCUCUGCUGCAGCGUCAAAGACACCGGCGUCAACGCCAUCGAGGCCCUCAUGGCGCGCCGCGGCGCCUUUGACUACAUCCUCCUCGAAACCACGGGGCUCGCGGACCCGGGCAACAUCGCGCCGCUGUUCUGGGUCGACGAGGGGCUGGGAAGCAGUAUUUACUUGGACGGCAUCGUGACGUUGGUGGAUGCGAAGAAUCUGGUGAGGGAGUUGGACCAUUCGGUGGGGGAGGAGUGUGUGGAGGGCGGGCACGGGGCGGUGAUGACCACGGCGCAUCUGCAGAUCAGCCACGCGGACUCGAUUAUUGUGAAUAAGGCGGAUUUGGUGAGCGCGGAGGAAUUAGCGGCGGUAACGGCGCGGGUACGGGCGAUCAACAGCGUGGCUCGGGUGGAGGUGACGAGCCAUAGUCGCGUGCCGGUGUUGGAGGGGUGGUUGUUGGAUCUGCAUGCAUAUGAUCGCGUGGAUGGGGAGGGGUUGGAGUUCGCGGAGAAGGGCCAUAGUCAUUUGGAUCCGACCAUCUCAACGAUCAUGAUCCCCGUGCCACCGGUCGCGGAAACGCACCUCGACGCACUGGACCGAUGGCUGCGCUCCGUGCUCUGGGAAUCGGAACUGCCAGUACCGGAUGGGACGAUGCCACCGUCAUUCGAGGUGCAUCGGCUGAAAGGCCUGCUCGCGCUCACCGACGGCUCCCGGAAAGUCAUCCAGGGCGUCCGCGAGGUGUUCGAGAUCCUCGACGGCGGCGGGCCCGCAGAGUCGGGAGCGGAUGGCUCGGGGGGAGCGGCAGAGGGGAAACUCGUGCUUAUCGGGCGAGGGUUGGAGAAGGGGUUGUUCACGACGAGCUUACAUCACGCGCUACAAUGA